UGUGACAGCCGCGAGCUGAUCUCAGUCAAGCCUCAGCUGUAAUAGGAUGAGCAGCGCGCGCCUCUGAAUGAACGGUUCAUUGUUCGCUUUAUUCUUUGUGUGCUGUGUUUUGCGGAUCGAUUGGUCAGUGAUCGGAUGUGAUCGGGUAUCAGAUGGAUAUAUCGAUGUGAAGAAGGGGUCAAACAGGGCUGAAGUUCAGAAGUGAUCGUGUGGGACGCGGUGAGCAGGGAAACAUGCGGUCGGGGCUCUUGUUGCUGUAUUUCACACUGGUGCAGAUGGCCGGCGCCGCUUUCCCAGAAGACUCUGAGCCAAUCACUAUUUCACAUGGGAACUACACAAAACAAUAUCCAGCAUUCGUUGGACACAAACCAGGCCGGAAUAACACGCAACGACAUAAACUGGAUAUUCAGCUGAUUGUGAUUAUGAAUCGGACUCUGUAUAUCGCUGCCAGGGAUCACAUUUACACCGUCGACAUCGACACGGCCAACACAGAUGAGAUCUUUUUCAGUAAGAAACUGACGUGGAAGUCCAGACAAGCUGACGUAGACACCUGUAGAAUGAAAGGCAAACACAAGGAUGAAUGCCAUAAUUUCAUCAAAGUUCUCCUCCAGCAGAACGACGACUCUCUGUUUGUGUGUGGAACAAACGCUUUCAACCCUUCCUGUCGAACCUACAAGAUGGACAGCUUGGACGCUCUCGGCGAGGAAAUCAGUGGCAUGGCCCGCUGCCCGUAUGAUGCUAAACAGGCCAAUGUUGCCCUCUUUGCUGAUGGGAAGUUAUAUUCUGCCACCGUCACAGAUUUCCUGGCCAUCGAUGCCGUGAUCUACCGCAGUCUGGGAGACAGUCCAACCCUAAGAACCGUCAAACACGACUCUAAAUGGCUGAAAGAGCCAUACUUUGUUCAGGCGGUGGAUUACGGCAACUUCAUCUACUUCUUCUUUCGGGAAAUCGCCAUGGAAUACAACACUAUGGGAAAGGUGGUUUUCCCGCGCGUGGGACGCGUAUGUAAGAACGACCGCGGCGGAUCUCAGCGCGUCUUGGAGAAACAGUGGACAUCGUUUUUAAAGACGCGACUGAACUGCUCCAUCCCCGGAGACUCGCAUUUCUACUUUAACAUCCUGCAGGCCGUCACUGACGUCAUCCACAUCAACGGACGAGACGUCGUCAUGGCAACCUUCUCCACGCCAUACAACAGUAUCCCAGGCUCGGCCGUCUGUGCGUACGAUAUGACGGAGAUCGCGACGGCCUUCACCGGACGCUUUAAAGAGCAGAAGUCACCUGACUCCACCUGGACUCCAGUUCCUGAGGAGAAGGUGCCCAGACCGAGGCCUGGCGUCUGUGCAGGAUCGUCCUCUGUAGAAAAGUUCAAAGUGUCUAAUGAGUUUCCCGACGAAACGCUCAACUUUAUCAAGAUGCACCCGCUGAUGGACGAGGCUGUGCCCUCCAUCACAAACCGGCCCUGGUUCCUCAAAACCAUGGUUCGAUAUCGUCUCACUCGAAUAGCGGUGGAUAAUGCUGCCGGUCCCCAUCACAACCACACGGUGGUUUUUCUGGGUUCAGAGCGAGGGGUCGUCCUGAAGUUUCUGGCCAAGAUGCGGAGCGGUUUGCUCAAUGACAGCCUGUUUCUGGAGGAGCUGAGCGUCUAUAAUCCUGAGAAGUGCAGCAUUGAUGGAGUGGAGGACAAACGCAUUAUCAGCAUGCAGAUCGACCACAGGAGUCACUCGCUGUUCGUGGCGUUCUCAUCAUGUGUGGUCAGAGUUCCGCUUUCUCGCUGCGAACGACACGGAAAGUGUAAAAAGUCCUGUAUCGCCUCCCGGGACCCUUACUGUGGUUGGAUGUCAGACGGCACUUGCAGAGAAAUCACGUCUGACACAAAAUGGUCUUUUGAGCAGGAUGUGGACCAGGGCAACACAGAUGGACUGGGUGACUGCCAAAAUUCCUUUGUGGCUCUUAAUGCAGGCCUUCUCACCACUGUCCCACCCGCUGCCAGCGGUCCGCUGGGCCGGGGUCGCAUGGUCAAGCCGAAGGACCCUCCCCAGCCUGACGAUAAGAGCGACACGCAGCCCGAGGAUGCGGGGGUCAUCCGAGAGACGUACCAUCGAGAUCGAGAUCAGAUGGUCCCCGUGACCCUUCUGGCCAUUGCCGUCAUCCUCGCCUUCGUGAUGGGUGCCAUCUUCUCAGGCAUUAUUGUCUAUUGCGUGUGCGACCACCGACGGCGUGACUUCGAUCUGCCCGGCCGCAAGGACAAGGACUCCGUUCAUUCCAGACGAGGUUCCAUGAACAGCGUCACCAAGUUGACGGGCCUCUUUGAAACACAAGGCAAAGAUGGCCGCCCCGAGGCCGUUCUCACCCCGCUCAUGCACAACGGGCGUCUGGCCAACGGCAGAACUCUCAUCAAAGCGGACCAGCACCCGGAUCUGAGCGGCCUGCCCACACCGGAGUCCACGCCCCUGCAGCCUCGUCGCAAGUCCAGCCGUGGCAGUCGCGAGUGGGAGAGGAACCAGAACCUGAUCAACGCCUGCACCAAAGACCUGCCCUCCGUGGGCUCUGUGGUCAUCCCAACCGACCUACCGCUGCGGCCGUCACCGGGCCACAUCCCCAGCGUGGUGGUGUUGCCCCUCCCUCAGCACCAGCAGGCUUACCAGCAUGAGUACGUGGAGCAACCUCAUCGGGUGGAUCUCCCAGACGACCGAUCCGCUACGCUCGAGUACAAAACCCUCAAGAGUCCGUGUCAAGGGCUCGGCAUCUCGGACUGCGACGGCGCGCCGCCACGGGUUCCCCAGCGCGAGGCAUCUCUGAGCGCUGCCGUCCCUCCUUCCGUCCCGCAGAUGGGUAAAAGACUGGACGUGCACGGUUCCGUGUACGGCCGCGGCUUCCCCGUGAGCUCAGGCCUCAAGAAACAACACAACACCAACUCGUCCAACUCUUCCCACAUGUCCAGAAACCACAGCUUCCACGUUGACACGCCUCCUCCUGCUCCGCAGAGGGUGGACUCAAUGCACGUCACCUCCCCGCCGAUCCUCGGCCUCUCGCGUCACCUCGGACUGAACUCGUACGCCUCCCUGUCACGCAGACACCUCAAGCCGGAUGUCCCUCCCAAACCGUCACUCGUGUCCCUUUCCACGAAAGUCAAGUCUAGCGACACCUGCACAUAAUCUGUGCGCAUCUGCAGGUUAGACGGUGCAUCUGCUUUGUACAGCUGGAAGCGCAACUCUUUAUUACCUUUCUUUUGAUACAUUUUGCAAUCCGUACACGUCCAGCUCGGACUGACGAGUUCCUGGACGGCAACCCGUAACAUCGGUUUGUGAGGAGCGAUUAGAGAUGGAGACUCUGCCCGGCUGAGGAAGUGAAGCUACGUUGCGUUAUCUGCCAAAAGCACGUCAGUGGGCAGGAAUUACACGACACACCCCGGUUAUCAAGCACUCGGAAACGUCGAGCUCGAACCCGAAGAGCUCCUGGAGUUUACAAUGGAAAGCUGUGAAGAAAUGCCUGUGUCAGUGUUAAUGCGCUACUGGUCAAAGCGAAACAUCUACUGUAACUGUUGACUAAACUAAUAACAGCUUGUAUUUAUUUUUUAAUAAAGUGCUUGGAGAAAGACAGACUCUUUAAGGUUGAAAGUGAGAGAGUACUUUUUACUUUGAAUUAAUCAAUCAAUUAUUUAAAGUCAUUAAACUGGAGCCAGUACUUUUGUCCACUAACGGUGGGUUUGGACGUUGUUAAGUGAAGGCUGGAAGAGUCAGUAUUUAUCAACCUGUGCCAGAAGAGUUUGUGAAGCUCACACAGGAAAAUCUUUUGUCUUACACAUCUGCAUUGAACACUGACGGCUACUGAUCACCAAUCAUCACAAGCAAAGCACUUAGAAGGAGACUCAUUUAUAGCCAACGUGUUUUAUUCACACACACAUUUCAGUUGUUUUUUCUUUCACCUGUAAAUUUGUGCCUUACACCCCGAGUAGUGAAGAGUUGGUUAGCUGUUAACUGUUAUCUUACUGUACUUACGAUAUUAUUUGUUUGUUUGUUCCCCUUGUUUUGACUCGAAAAAUGAAAAAAAUAAUAAUACAACGUAAUUAUAAGAAUGUAGAUGUUGUCAUUGUCAAGUCUAACCACAAAUGAUUCUGUGCUUAAUUUCUCAUUGUGCCAAUGAAACGGCCUCUAGAACGAUGUGAUUUGAUUUCCAUUUUUCUUUUUUACUUUUUAAGAUGGAUGUUUUUACACUGUUUAGUGGAUGAAUUGAUGUUUAUCCUCUCUUUAUCUGGCUGUUUAUAAGGCAAUAAGAUAAAAGAUGACGUCUCUCCCAAACACACACACACACACUUUCUAAUGUAUUUGAGAAACAGAAUUUGUAGGCAGUGAAUACAGGCUGGCUCCUGUGUAGACAUGCACUCGAAUAAUAUUAGAAAAUAUAUUAAUGUUAUCAAUGUUUGUGACAGAUUCCCAUUAAUAUAAUUUUCUAGCUCUAUAUCAUUGUAAUGUAAUAUGACGGAUUUGUUAUUUAACUAUUUUGACACGUUUUAUUAAACACUCCACGUGCCGUAAUCUAGUGCACGUCAUCUGACUCUGUGUAGAUAAUUGAAUUCACGUGUCGAUUGCAGCUACGUUUAAAACUUUUGUUUCAAUCCGUCUGAAUAUUCCCAUAAACUCCCGCUGUGUUUCUCACACGGUUCGUCCUGAGAUCGAAUCUCAUCUGUGGACGUAGAUUUUUGUGCUGGUGCCUUUCGGCGGUGGUCCUCAACUUGUUUGAGUUUGUGUGAAUUUGUGUGAUGUUGUUUUGUCACAAGGUUUCUCUGGAUCUCUUCUACAUCUGAUUCAUUCACAGCUAAAUGUUGUAAAGAAAUUCUCUUUAAUAAAUGGAAAAGUAAUGAUUCA